CGAGGAAGCUCCCAACACCGCCACCGCCUGCCCCUCCUGCUGCUGCUGCUGCUGCUGGUGUGUGUGAAUGUGUGUGUGUGUGUGCGUGUCGGUGUUUGUGCUGCGGCUCGGUCAGGACAGGCGGCAGCGGCUCACCUGACGGGCUGAUAACUUGAAACGCAACACAGAUUUUCUCCUCUGAAAAGUAUCUCCUACUAACUAUCCAACGGCGUCGGAGCGGAUUACGUGUCCCGACGAGCCUGCUCAUCCCUCCGCUCCAUGGCCGUCGCCGCUGCCCGCCCUCUUCCCCCGGGAGGUAACCUUCAAAGGCUCUGCUCAGCACGAUGGAUGACCAGCUGAGUGAUGGAGAUGGACAGAAUCAAAGGACAUGCUCCCUUCAUUGUGACUAGAUGAAGGGACACCUCGCCUUCCUCCAGCAGCGAGGGGACGGCACUGAAGCAUUUUGAUGUUCUUCAGACUGAACAGAUGCACCUAAAAGAAAAGAAAUCAGUUCUUUGGAGAUCAUUUUUGAAAAAGAGGAAAUACUGAUCAGAUAUAAUCAGUUUAUGUAACACUCUCUCUCAGCAUAUAGCUCAUAUGCUGACUGCUUCUCCCUGUGAUGCUUGUUAUGAGUUGUCCAUCCACAACCAAUGAGCCAGAGAGCUGCAGCAGCGAGGGGAGCAGCUGCACCACUUCCUCCAUCACAACCUCUGACCCGUCCUCCAUGUCCGGACACGCCGCACUACCUUCCCUCAGUGUCGGCCCUGACACCUCCAAGCAUGGAGCUCCUCCUCCUCCUCCCCUGCCGCCCCCACCUCCGGGGGCUCCCCCACUUCCGCCACCCCUGGCGACCACCUCCACUAACCACAAUGCGAGGAAGAAGCGACGCGUGCGCAGCUUCUUCUGGAAGCCGAUCCCGGAGGAGAAAGUGCGCGGGAAGCCCAACAUUUGGACGCUGGCGGUGCGGCAGCAGCAGUACCAGAUCGAUGUCCGCUCGGUGGAGGAGCUGUUCGGGCAGCAGGAGGAGGCGCUGACGGGCAUACGAGGGGCUGCGCCAACCACUGGAUCCUCUGCUCGGGUGUCCCGAUCCCGCUCAUUCAAGGAGAGCAGUAAGGAUGAGAUCAGCAUUCUUGACUCCAAGAGGGGGAUGAAUGUGGGCAUUUUCCUGAAGCAGUUCAAGAAGUCCAACCGCUCCAUUGUUGAAGACAUUCGACAAGGAGAAGGGAAGAUUUAUGGAGCAGAGCUGCUCAAAGACCUGAUGAAGCUCCUUCCUGAUGCAGAGGAGAUCAAGAAGCUGCAGAUGUUUAAGGGAGACCCAGACAAGCUGACACUCGUCGAUUCCUUUAUGUACCUCUUGAUCCAGGUGCCACGGUUCGAGAUUCGGAUCGAGGCCAUGGUCCUCCGUGAAGAGUUCUUCCCUUCCUGUGCUGUGAUGAGCCACGAGAUCGAUGUCGUCCGCGUCGCCACUAAAGAGUUGAUGAGUUGUGAGGAGCUUCAUGCCAUCCUGCAUCUGGUGCUGCAGGCCGGAAACAUCAUGAAUGCUGGCGGCUACGCAGGGAACGCUGUGGGCUUUAAGCUGUCCUCGCUCCUCUCACUGGCCGACACCAAGGCCAACAAGCCGGGGAUGAACCUCCUGCACUUUGUUGCCAUGGAGGCGAAGAAAAAGGACGAGAAGCUCCUCAAAUUUCCAGAGAAACUUCAGGAUGUUCAGAGUGCAGCCAGAAUCUCAGUGGAGAACAUCGAGUUGGAGUUUUCCUCUUUAUAUGUUCGGAUUAAAUCCCUGGAGGAAAAGGUUCAAGGAGACCAGGAGCUACUGCGGCAGCUGGAGCCCUUUCUGCAGAGUUCAGCACAGACUCUCCAGGACCUGAAGAGACGCAGGCUGGAUCUGCGUAAAGAGGGAAACACUCUCAUCGAUUUCUUUUGUGAAGACAAGGACACGUUCAAGCUGGACGAGUGCUUCCGCAUCUUUCAAGACUUCUGCAUCAAGUUCAAGAAAGCUGUUAAGGACAACAUGGAUCGCGAGUUGAAGGAAGCAGCCAGACAGCGUCGUCUGAGAGAGCUGGAGGAGAAGCGUUUUGCGUGGUCGGGUGCAGAUCAGAGCGGGGGAUUCGGUCGCAGCAGCAGCGAGAACGAUGUGGAAAUGCUCACCAAGGAAGGCCUCCUGGACCUCUUCCAGCAGAGGUCUCAGAGUCCCCACAGCCCGCUGGGACGUUCCGCCAGCGCCCGCCGUCACCGUCACACCAUGACCUCCAUAGCGGACCGCGAACUCCAGGGAUACCUUGAGCUGUUCGGAGGCACCGGGAAUCCCACUGACUAUUCCAAGUUUAACAGCCUACCUCGGUCGGGACGCCCCGUGCAGCGGAGGACAACACCCUGGAUCUUAGCCCAGGAUGACAACCGUGAGUUAGGCUGCGACAGACAGGUGACGUCUCCAUGUGCAGAAACUGAACCUAUCAGCCCGCUGGCCAGGUUUUCCUCCUCCGGGUUAAAUGAUAACGAGGACCCGUACAACAACAACAUUAAUUACACAUCUGUAUCAGAAAGCAGCGCUCUGCCUCGCUCCUUUUGUUUCUUUCAGAAGCCUGUCCACCUUCCCAACCCAACAUUUACCGGCCACAUGAAUGUUAGUGUGGAGAAGCAUACUUUAGUUCGAGGUCCUCAAGCUUUCGACCUCCCUAGUCCAAACAAUAACAGUAAUCAUAUGCACUUUGUCAACCAGGGGGAUGUGGUGGUGACAGAUCUGGAAAAGGAGAGACGGUCACCUCCCAAGAAUCUGAACUUUCCAGGUGAAAAACUUUUAGAAAGAGAGGUAGAUCUCAAGGCAGUGUGGGAAGAUAAAAUAGAUCUUCCUACACAGGCUGGGUCCUCUCCUGAAAGAGAGAAAGAAGAAGAGGACAACAGCACAGUCUCAUCAACAACCUGUGAUACAAACCUUCCUCUAGAUACCUCUGUAUCCAAUAAGAAGCCAGUGUUUUACAUCCUAGACUGCACAGAAACUGACUGCUCCGUCACCUUGGAUUAUUCUGAGGCUGAAAGCUCCUCUCUAACAAAAGAGGGACUUCACUUCAGAGCAACGGACUGCAGCAAGGAUCAGCAGAGCCAGCAAGAUCCAAGCUCACUGUCCUCUAAUCUGGAGUCCAUGUCUCCUAACGAGCAGUCUGUUUCAACCAAUGAGCUUUCAGCGCCGAAAUCUGUGGACGCAGCAUCCAUGACCCCGUCGGGGACCACGGAAGAAUGGGACACGGAGAGCUGCGACACCGCUGAGGGAAAACAAGGCACAGAGAAAGAUGUGCAGAGAAGCAGCAGGAAACCAGCGCACGUGAAGAGUAAAGCUAACAAAGCGACAAAGAGCAGCGGAGGUCGCGGCGUUCGAACGCUGACCAGCAACGAGAGCCAGGGCAUGCGGAAAGUUGUGCCUAUUAGCAAGCUUACGAGGGCGGGUAGCAGCAAGCACGGAGAGAGGACUUUGGCGCACGACAGUGGGGAGUCACACCGGCCUCUCCGAGAUCAGAGCACCCCGGCAAGAGGAAGGAGCGAGAAGACCACAAGACCUCCUCGACACUCCAGUCUGCCUCCCGACGAGUCAAAAGCUCAGAGGGGAAGCAGCACGAGCAGCAUUUCAAGAUGGGCACGUGAUUCGACCCCGAAGAAGGCCUCCACCCACAAGCCGAGCGCCAAACCCCUGAGGAACAUCCCCAAGCCUCCCCCGGAGGAGAAAAUGUGCCGCUCCACCAUGAGAGCCUUGGCCCAGGCCCAGGCCCAGGCCCAGGCUCAGGCUCAGGCUCAGGCCCAGGCUCAGGCCCAGGGUGGCGCUUCCUCCGAGAACAGCAGCUCACACACUCUCAGCGCAAAAAACACCUCUGACGUCCCCAGCUUUGCCCGUAACACCGUAGCUUCGACCUCCAGGACCAAGAAGGAGCUGGGCCCCCCGUCCGUCCCCUCCACCCCGUCUCGCAGCCCCUUGCUCCUGGGUCGACAGUCCUCCGUGAAGCAGAACAGGGUAUCACCCACAGUCCCCACCAGCGAGGAGCGACCACAAGGGACAAACCUGCGGCGAGUGCAAAGCGUGAAGGCCGCCAGUCGAAGCACCUACCGCAGCGAGACCCCGCCUCCGACACGUGAGGAUAUUCGCAAGACUAAUAGCUUUUCCGAAAAGGCGAUGACGCCCAGCAGAAGUGCUAAACCGAGCUGGAAAUAAAACAAACCAACUGGAGAAAGACAAGUAGAGACUCUCUCCCUGAGCUCAGUGUAAAUUGACAUUCACUCCUCUUCCCCAUCUACAGUUCUGACGUCUCCUCUCAUACGAUGCAAAAUACAGGAAUCUGAAUCUCACCAGUAGCUGACUCUGGAUCAGGUUUAUGAAUUGCAAAGAGCAAGAUGCAAUGAACCUCUCCAUGUGUUCCACUUCGUUCGUACAAAAAACCUGUUGUUCACAACUUCCUUUUUUCUUGGGGGAGGGGGGGAUUAACUAAACUGACAAAUGGCAAAUUGGUGUCUUUACACAGAAGCCUCUUUGCCUGCUUAGCUGUCUGUGUAGCAUCUGUGCUAGUGUCUGUGGUGAUGUUGACGUUGAACACUACUGUCUAUACAAUGCUGCUAAUUAGCUCUGACAAUUUGAAACUUGAGUUUCAGUGUCUGUUUGAUUCAGGGUUACAAGAUUUGUUGUACCUUACCUUGCUGCUCUUACGGUGAUUUUCCGUUUUGUUGCCUCCUCCUGUAGAGAACCGCUCCGUUUGCUUUUUGGUUCCUUUGCUUGAUACCUCAGAAAAAUUGCAGUGGCCUUGUACCAGCAGACAAAGUAGGAUAUAUUCUUUGGUUCUGCAUGAUAACGAUGUAGACAAAAUCUGAUCGUUUGGUUUAAAAUAAUUGCAAUGUCACUUUUUACAAACCCCUGGUAUAUUACUAUUACGACAAUAUAUAUAAAGUCACAGAUUAUAUGCUCACAGUGCGUACCAACUGUUGUACUACUCGUACCUUGUGUAUGUAUGUGUCUGUAGUUUGUAAAUGUUAUAGAACCCCUCCAUAACGUCAUGGAGUAGACGUGCACGUAGGAAACGUUUCCUAUACACAGUAGGCUAACACACGAUCAACGCUAAUGCUUUGAAAGAAAAGCAUUGAAUGCAUCUGAAACAACACUGAAAAUACCAUCUGUCAUGUGAUCUAAUUUUUCUACUGUGAAUGUAGUCUGAUUAGAUUCUCUCCAGGCCUGCAACAAUAGCUCUAACUGGUCAUAAUUUUGCUUAGCAUCAGUUUGCGCCUCUUAUGUGUUGCCAUGACGUUCAAGUCACAGAGUGAGUCGUCCAGUUUUCUGAAAAAUAAACACCCGCUGAUCUUUGAAGAUCCCAGAUGUUCAAUGAAAAACACUUACUGCUGGUUUUCCAGAAUCCUCAAAUACAUUUGUUCUGCUGCACAAUAGAAAUAAAUGAAGCCAGUUUCUCAAGAGGCAAACUAUAUUUCCUGAACUCCGCCAGAAACUACAUCUGUCCUUGCUCAUUUCGUAUAGUACACGAAUAAUAUAAACAUUAUUUUGUAUGGAAAUGUGAAAUGAUAACAAUUUUACAUCCCCUGUAUACGGACAACAAUAACUAAUAAAGGUUAUACAUUUUGUUUAAGUAUUGUACAAACUAAGCACAGACACAGCUGCCAUCUUUGAAAAAAAUAUUCUGCUGCACAAUAAUGAUAUAAUCCAGUAAAUGUGGUACAUUUACUGUUAAAAGUAAUAAUAAUUUACCCCAUUUGUCAAGUUGCAGCAUUGUUUGUUGCAACUUUUUUCAGUGUAACACAAGUUUUUUUUUAUCAGUUAUAUUUGGCAAUAUUGAUGUUACAUUAUUUCAUAUUUAUAUUCAAAAUAAUGGGUCUAUAUAUUUCUUUUGUUGAACAAAAAGAGCAAGGACGUCUGUCAUUUCCAGCUACCUGAAUAAGAAAUUUAGUUGUAUUAAAAACAGACAACAUCUUUUCCAUCCAGAGUCUUUGAGGUUUCUGGAACAAUCUUCCUUAUUUUUCAUAAAAACGGAGGCCUGUGAUGUUGAUACAGAAAAGGCGCAGACUGGGGCUAAAUUCAGCCCUGUUGACCAUCUCACACCACUUGCCUUUCAACCUGCAUUGUGCCAUUGCCUUGAUGGCAACAACAUUCACAACAGUGCAUUGCCUUAAAGCUUAAUGUAGCCGAUCCAUCACCAGUAGAAACUCCUCGAUUGUAAAAGGAGAGUAGAAACUUUUCCUACAUUCCAUCGCACCGAACUGAAACAGUGACUCCGCUGGUUAGUGAUUCACUUUGUAAAUAAUGUAAAGACAUAGUAUUUUUCUGACUAUCAAUAUGUUUACAUAGCAUUAAAAAAAUGAAGGCCAGAAGAGUGAAGUGAAGUAUGUGAGAGCACAGAUAUUUUAAAGUGGUCAGAGCAUCCAUAUCUUGCAUCAGAUGUUUGAGAGUCCUGGCCUGCGGUGUGUUGACAUGCUUUGGGUGUCUUCCUGUUCCCUGUAAUGCAAAUGAAGUUAAUGGAGUAAUGACACAAAAGACCCAGUGUGACGUGCCACUGUGUGUGUGUGUGUGUGGCCUGCAUGUCGCCUAAAUUUAGAGUGCUUUUCACAGAGAACAAAAUGGAGUCAUGUAGGACUGCAGCUCAACAACAAUUAAAACAAAAUGAAUUAUUGUUUAUUAAGAGUUUAACACCAAAAAGCUAAUUAGCUUCAUCAGGACCUAAGGUGUGGUUUGAAGAGCAAAGGACAAAAACACAACAGCAGGAAUCACUUAUUUGAAAGAAAUAAGCUGAUUGAGAAAAUGUUUUCAUGGCCUUUUAAAGGAGCUAUUUACAAGUUUUGCUAUUGCUACAUAGCCAAUGUUUACAUAUCAGUUGUUUUGUGAGUUCAGCAUCAAACUUCAUUCCUUUACUCACCAACAGCUGUCUCCAGUGGUGGAAAGCAACACCAAUAUUAACUCUUAUCUCUAUCACUUCUUUUCUUCUACUGGAGUUAGCAUGCUAACCAGCUAGCUCCGGCCCCUUCUUUUCACUUUCCGAUAGCGACUCACUGUAGCCUCCAAUCUGCCUUUAAGACAAAUCAUUGCUCAGAAGACGUAUUAUGGCCUCUUGUCUUGUAAACGCAACAAUGGCGGAAGCUGUCGUCAAGUGACAACCACCACCACUCCCCCUCCUGGCAAGAAACCACGUUCAGCGGCAGAGAAAACUUACAAAUAGCUCCUUUAAAUGUCAGGAAAUAGUGAAAAUUCCCAUUUUGAAGCCCAUCUUAAAAUCCAGUUGACCUGUUUGAAAUUCUUGUAUCAUCCAACAAAGUAUCCAAACCCAAAGAUCAUUCAGUGAUCAGUCAAUUUGCUGAUUAGAAAACCAGUAAAAAAUCUCAAAAUCACAAGGAAUUUAUUUGUAUUUUUUCCUACAAAUGACUAAUUAUUAUAUCAAAAUUGAUGUUGCUGAUUGUUUUUCUGGCAAUUGAUUAAUCGCCUAAUCGUGUGAUUAUCUCAUCAGUGCAUCUUGAGUUCAGAUAUUUGAGAUUUUUUAACAUUUAUCCUCCUGUAAACUUUCAUUUAAAUCACAAAGAUUGUGGAAAACAGUUUGUAACUGAUAAACCAACCAUUUACAGCUUCAAAACCCAGGAAAAAUGUGUGUUUAGCAUAAAUAACUAUUUGUCCCUCUUUUGGAAAAAAGAAACAUCUUUAGUCACAACUUUUAUUUCAAUUAGAUCAUUAAUUUGGCUGCAAAAAAAGGACAAACUAACUAUUAUGAAACUUGAGCUGCUUUUCUUCUGCCUUGGACUCAGAUCGUCCCUGUCUUCUUCUGCUCUCUGUCUCUGUCCUGAGUCUCCUCCUUUGUGUCGUCUCCUGCUGUCUUUUUAACAGCCCCGAGCGUCACAAUGGCUGCCCUUUACAUUAAAUCACACUGGCCUGCAGCAGAAGAGCUGCUGUGGAAUUUGAAUACUUACUCACUCUUUUCACCACAACGUCCUUGUUAGGGGACGGUUACUGCAGUAACACUGCAAACAGCAAUUACCAAUACUGACUCUGGCCUUGUAAACGGAAAGGUCAGUGCCGUCCACAAAUUUUUGUCAAGUUAAACUGGUAUUGUUUCAAGUCACAAACCUGGUACAAACGUGCAACUUUAUAUUUAGAGUGAAUCAUUUUAUAUAAUCUUUAUAGUAGUCCUAUAUGUGUUCCCUCAAUUUAUCUCUAAUGAUUCAUGUGUCUUGUUUUGGCAUUAAUUUCCCCAAGGACGUCUUUUAUACACAGGAGAGGACUGAAAGAAUAGUUGAGGUGUUUUUUUACUCUGAUGUGAUUCUCUGUGAUGAGGAUGUUGACGUGUCAGCUGUAGUUUUCACACCUGUGCAUAAAUAGGUGCCGCGCCGCUCUGCUUGGUCUUUAACAAUCUGAAGUGUCAUGAUGUAAAAAGCUGAAAGACUGAUCACUACGUCGAGCAAAUGAUCAUCUCUGAUCACUAGACCACAGGGCUGCAAAUCAUGAUCUUAACUGUUUAUAUUUCUGAUGUCGACAUCAAAGAAAUAAAUAAAAUCACAUGUUGCUGUGUAGCCUGAAAA